AUGGUGGUCGUAGAUGAAUUCGAAGGUGGCCCGGAGAAGGAUUUUGCCAUCAUCUCUCCCAAAGAAAUCGAUGAUGAGGGCCUUCCUCCCGAUCUCGCUGCAAGUCGUCGCAUUCGAUACAUCGACGACGAUGAAGAAGCAAUGGGCGCUGCUGGCCCCUCUCGCCAACUCCGAAGGCGAGAUUCCACAUUCUCUGUGCACUCGUUAUCGAGCGUGCGAAGUGGUCGCACGAUUGACCCUUCCCUUGCCCUCCCCGUUCAAUAUCGGACCUUGAGCUAUACGAUCGCCAAUGCAGACGAAGCUGCCGCUGCCAAAACAAAGGAUGCGCGAGAGAAAGCUGCCAUCGAUAUCGAAGGUCUUGAGUGGCACAUGGUCAACACUGAAGAGGUCUGCAAGCGACUGAAGACAUCUCUGCAGUCUGGCCUAUCUGCCUUUGAAGUCAAAGAAAAAAUGACUGAAUUUGGUCGCAAUGUCCCAUCUCCACCACCGUCAAGAUUGGCACAAAAGAUAUUUGGCUACUUCUUUGGCGGCUUCGGGUCCAUUCUGCUCAUUGGCGGUAUCCUCGUCAUGAUCUCGUGGAAACCUCUAGGCCAACCACCUGCACCAGCAAACCUGGCACUCGGUAUUGUACUGUUUGCAGUCUUCGCAAUCCAGGCCGCAUUCAACGCAUGGCAGGACUUCUCAUCAUCGCGAGUCAUGAACAGCAUCACCGGCAUGUUGCCAGAGGACUGUAAUGUCUUGCGUGAUGGAGGCAGGCACACUAUCCAAGCCCCAGAGGUUGUUCCUGGAGAUAUCCUCUUCUUCAAAGCUGGCAACAAGCUCCCUGCAGAUGUCCGUUUCGUCGAGGUUUCUUCAGACGCCAAAUUCGAUCGAAGUAUUUUGACAGGAGAAUCACUCCCACUACCUGCCGUUGUCGAUUCUUCCGAGCAGAAUUACCUGGAGACUCGAUGCAUCGGUAUGCAGGGUACGCACUGUACUUCUGGAAGUGGUGUCGGCGUCGUCGUCAGUACGGGAGACAACACAGUCUUCGGCCAUAUCGCCAAAUUGACCAGUCAGCCAUCCACAGGACGGACUACACUCCAGAAGGAGGUUCUCCGCUUCGUCAUCAUCAUUGUCUCUCUGAUGGUCGCAAUGAACAUCAUAGUCAUUGCCGUCUGGGCUGGCUACAUCCGACACGCCCAUCCAAACUUUAUCAAUGUCCCAACACUGAUUGUCGACAUUGUCAGUGUCGCCAUCGCAUUCGUUCCGGAAGGCCUUCCCAUUGCUCUGACAGCAUCGCUGACCAUCACGGCCAAUAUCAUGAAGAAGAACAAUAUCCUCUGCAAAUCACUCAAGACAGUAGAGACCCUCGGCUCGGUCUCUGUUCUUCUCUCCGACAAGACAGGCACGCUUACGAAGAAUCUGAUGGUCGUCACAGACUGCCUGGUUGGCUUCAGCACGCUGACGGCGACUGAAGCCGUGAACGAAGUCCUUGACGAAAAAUCCGAGGGUUGCCGCAAAAAAGCCCUCGACCAACUCAGAAUUGUGUCGGCUGUGUGUAACGCUGGCGAAUUCGACCCGACUACACUUCACCUCCCUCUCGCUCAACAGAGGAUAAUCGCAGAUGCCACCGACCAGGCUAUCUUGAGAUUGUCAGAAAGCCUAGGCCGUGUUACAGAAUCUCGAGACAUGUGGCGGAAGAGGUUCGAUCUUGCAUUCAAUUCGAAAAACAAAUUUGCCUUACGAGUAUCUUCUGCCGUUUCCGUGGCUGCAGCGGCAAUGGCCAUGGGCACCGACGAAAACGCGGCUUUUAAUAUUGAGCGUGAUAUGCUCUUGAUGAUCAAAGGUGCCCCAGACAUCCUCUUGCCUCGGUGUUCUACAUAUGUUGGGGAGGAUGGCGAAGUUCACGAGCUCGAUGAAGGCGUCCGCGCCUCGAUCGAGGCAACCAAGGAUGCGUGGUCGAGCCAGGGCAAGCGUGUUCUGCUCAUCGCUCGAAAGCCUCUUCAUGGUGACAUGGUCAAAACGGAUCCUAGUAGCAACGACUUCGAAGCCGAGGCGAUCCAGCACUCUCGUUCAGGACUUACCCUCAUCUCUCUGGUCGGCAUAGUCGACCCGCCGCGCGACGAAGUACCCAGUGUCAUCGAAACGCUCCGCAGAGCAGGGAUCCGAACGAUGAUGGUCACGGGAGACUUUAAGCUCACAGCCCAAGCCAUCGCCAGAUCGUGCGGGAUCAUCACCGUCCCCGACGCCCAGGUCCACACGGUGGCAAACCUACCUCGUUUCCCGCCGCAAGAAGUCGAAAGCAGCACCAAGUUGCCUCUGUCGUCGAGAUUCUCCAUGUCCCGAGCGCCGACGAAGACGACUCUCCUGCCGGCCGAGAAGAAGGCCAUCGUCCUCACCGGUCCUGAGCUCAUAACGCUACUCCCGCACCAAUGGCACGCCCUGACGACACUGUACACCGAGAUUGUCUUCUCGCGGACCACGCCGGACCAGAAGCUGCGCAUCGUGCGCGAAUUCCAGUCGCGGCGGUUCGUCGUGGCCAUGACGGGCGACGGCGUCAACGACGCACCCAGCCUGAAACAAGCCGACAUUGGCAUCGCGCCGUCGUCCGGGUCCGACAUCGCCAUCGAGGCCUCGGAUAUGGUCUUGUUGGACUCGUUCUCGGCCAUCCCAGAAGCCGUGCUGUACGGGCGCGUCGUGUUUGACAAUCUGAAGAAGACCAUUGCCUACCUGCUGCCUGCCGGCUCGUUCGCCGAGUUCUGGCCCGUCAUGACGAGCGUGGUGUUUGGCCUGCCCCAAGUGCUGUCCAGUUUCCUCAUGAUCAUCAUCUGUUGUUUCACGGAUUGCGUGACGGCGACGAUGCUGGCGUACGAGACGCCCGAGGCCGACGUCAUGCUCCGCCCUCCCCGCGACGUCCACUCCGACCGUCUCGUCGACUGGCGCCUGCUCCUCCAGGCUUACGGACUCGUCGGGAUCCUCGAGACCGUCAGUGCCUUCGCCAUGAGUUACUGGUACCUGGCCCGCAACGGUCUCUCUUUUGGGUCCUUGUGGUUCGCCUUUGGAAACAUCCCGACCCCCGCCGGCAUGACGACCGACGACGUCUCCUACCACCUCACCGUCGCGAGCUCGGUCUACUUUGUCACCCUGGUCGUCAUGCAGUGGUUCAACGUCAUGGCCCUGCGCACGAGACACCUGUCGAUCUUCCAGCACCCGCCGUUGUUCAACAAGGUCACACAAAACUGGUUGCUGUUCCCGGCGUUGCUGUUCGCGCUCGUCGUCGCCCUGAUCUUCACCCUGGUCCCCGGCCUGACGGACCUGGGCUGCGACAAGGUCCCCGUGGAACAUUGGUUCUUACCCAUGACCUUCGGAAUCGGGCUUUUGUGUCUGGACGAGUUGAGAAAGAUGUUGGUCAGGAGGUACCCAAAGGGAUUUUGGGCCAGGAUAGCAUGGUAA